AGUUGGGUUAAUAUUCCAAGAAAAAUUUAUAUCUUCACUAAUUUGAAUGUGUCUUCAGGCACUAAUGCAACCUGAGAUCUGAAUACAGUCCGAUGGAAUUUAGAAAAGGCUCCCAACGUGAUGUAAUAAUGGUGUACAGAGACACCCACAAUACCGUGACUGAAACAAAUAAUCCAACCAACAUACACGAAACGAAAGUGACAGACCGAAACGUUGUCACUUAUUUCAUUUCCCACAGAUGAAAAAAAAACAUGUGUGGGUUAGAUAUUAAUGAUGUACUAUUGAGAGUUACGAGGCUUGGAGCGGCCGCUUCUCCUCGCCUCACGACAUAUCUCACACAAUAAACUCUUCCCACCAGUAAUGAAUAAUAUUUUCAUCAAAAUAUAGCUGAUCACUUCCACACUAAACCUAUAUUUUUCUGCAUAGACAUAAGAGGGAGAUUAAGUAUGACAUAAGGCGAGAUUAAGUGUCCCAUAUGAAGAUCCUAAUGGCGGUAAUUAUGAAAAGCUGGCACCAAACUGGGACCCGUAUCACCGUCUGUAUCAAGGGAUAUUCAAAAGGCGCUAAAUAUCACUCAGGAUGCCAAUAUUUGAUCACAAAGGCACCUGAGAGUGAUAAAGCGGACAGAGGAUGAAGUCAAACGUGACGCAACUGGUGAUAAUAAUAGUUACCAAGUAUAUAGACGCACCCGGCAACCCUCUCACCAGCAGUCGCGACUUGGCGGGUGAGUGGAGUGCAUGUCUCAGUACGCUGCUGGCAGCUCUCGCACGCACGUGUGUUUACACACCAGCUGACAAGAGGCUUUUUAUUUAUUUAUACUAUAGAAACUGAAAGUCUGAAGAGAGACAGACUUAAACAUUUGUGAUGUUUAAGAAAAAACUGAAAUAUAGAUUUUGAAAAAAUAUAUAUAUCUCGGUGAUAGAGGAACUUUGGCACUUGGUGAGCCAUGAGCCAUGGGAGGGCAACACCCAGUGACAGUGUCACCCGCAGACGGAAUGACCAUCACCAAGACGAGGUAGAGGUCAACCUCAGUCAAGUCGAGGUGGGAGAGGUCCCCCUUGGUCAAGAUCUAGGCUACUGUGGCAUUAACCAGCUGAUGAAUGAAGUGUUGCCAGAUAGCGAGGUGGUGCCGGCGCCUUCCACUCUCCUGCUGGACAUGAUGCUGGCACGCUCCUGGCACCCCCAGGACCCAUGUAGUGUAUGGGGUGAAUUAUUGAGCAGCAGAGGGGUCGAGGGAAGUUCUUGCGACACUUCGAGUGGUGGAGCAGUGGACGGGGGUUCGUCUCCCAACUACAGUAACCGUCGCCGCCCACACCCACAUACCCAGAGGUCUCUUGAGAUGUCUGGCACCACCCGCGCGCUCUUCCCGCUACCUGAGCAUAUUGCCUCAACGUCUCCAAGUUCCUCUCAGUGUUCUAACCCUAGGAGUUUGUUUAAUCAAAAAUCACAAGAGUGACAGUAUACAUUAUAAAAAGUUUAAAUUGCAAACUGCAAAUAGCCAUUUCCUACUGUAUAAAAUAUAUGCACGAUAACUUUGGACUAUCUAAUGAAGACCUGGUACCGACACCUACAGAUGGCGUGGUUCAACGAGAGGCUGAUGCCUGCUACGGGCUCCCAAGUUGGCGAUGACAUGUGGUGGUCAGAAGACGGCCAGAUGUUGUCCAUGGACUUCAACGCUAUACCACGGCCCGGUGAUAGGCCGACGUCGUCCACGAACUCCAACGCUAUAACAUGGCCCGGUGAUAGGCCGACGUCGUCCACGAACUCCAACGCUAUAACAUGGCCCAGUGAUAGGCCGACGUCGUCCACGAACUCCAACGCUAUAACAUGGCCCGGUGAUAGGCCGACGUCGUCCACGAACUCCAACGCUAUAACAUGGCCCAGUGAUAAGCCGACGUCGUCCAGGAACUCCAACGCUAGAACAUGGCCCAGUGAUAGGCAGAUGUCGUCCACGAACUUCAACGCUAUAACAUGGCCCGGUGAUAGGCCGACGUCGUCCACGAACUCCAGCGGUGUAACAGGGCCCAGUGAUAGGCCGACGUCGUCCACGAACUCCAGCGGUGUAACACGGCCCAGUGAUAGGCCGACGUCGUCCACGAACUCCAGCGGUGUAACAUGGCCCGGUGAUAGGCCGAUAACGUUCACAGACUCCCACAGUAUAACUAGGAACGAUGAUAUAAUGAUGGCUAUUAUGGACUUCGAGUUCGACGAAGAGACGGUACGGUCGAUGUCUAACUUGGGCGUUUUUACCGACAGAAGUCGCCCCCGGCGAAGGCGCAGCUGCUCAUUCUAUUACGAAUUCUUAGAUGAGCAAUAUGCUCGGCAUGGUUCAACAGCUCAAUUGGAAGCUAAUUUCCCUGACCCGCGCAUAAACCCAAGGAAAGAGAAAGUGUCCAGAAAACGAUCGCCCGUGAACAACAUAACAAAGCGUCAACGAGGGUGGAGCUAUGAAGUGCCAGUAGAGGAUAACUCUGUCGAUAAUGAUCCCAGAGUUCUGGAUAAAUUAAUGAAGGAUUCAUUGAGGCGGCCCAUGCCGGAGGUGACUCAUCCUCUUGGGCGACCUGACAUGCCAGACAUCUGGAAACACUUCAGGUGGUGCAGGAAAAUUUUAAAUAAUCCGUUUGACUGAAAGAUUACCAAAUGGAUGUACAAUGCUGGCUUAUUUUUUUAACUUGCAUGGAGCUAGGUUAGUAUUUGCCGCAAGGUUAGUACAACCAGUUUAAUAUGGUGACCUAGCCUAGUAUUCACUACGGCUAUAGUUUCAUUGUUCCACUGUAAUUUUAGCUCAUUUUAAUUCGCCCUUGACGUAAUAGGUGAAUUUCCAUGUAAAUAAUUGAGCGAAAUUUUUCUUAUGGAUUUUUAACACUUGUUUUUUUAGUUUAAACGUUGACUUCUCAAACUCGCUUCUGCGAUUUUAUUAUUUACGAAAUUAAAUUUUAUUCAAUG